AUCUCCUAGGUGAUAGCGGCAAAUAUCAAUAUGGCCGCAAAAUGUUGAUUUUCACACUUUCUUGGAGAUAACAAUUUUUGCAUGGCCAAGUGACACUAUUAUACAACCUCGUGGACAUACAUACGUGACAAAAAUGCCAAAGGGUGGGGACAUGGACGUAAACAGAAUGUCGUCAAGGGACAAGAAUGUAAUGAACUAUAACCCUAACAAUUCGGGCAUGAUCAGCUAUGAAGACUUACUCAUAGCCCAGUACUUGGAGGAAAUGAAGAAAUCAAGAGCUGAAGUCAAGAAAGACAGAGAGCUCCCAGCAUCUCCGUACCUGCAGCGGUUCCCCCCAACUCCCACCACCGCCACGUACAGUCGACCACGGAGACGGCCAGCCUCAGCUGUCAAUUUGCGCAACAAACAACGAUCUGAAAAACCAAAGAUAGAUGCAAAGUUCAUCGCUGAUCCCAGCAUGUGGGAUCCGGAAACCCCCCGUGAGAAGUACGGCAAACACCCUCGCCGCCCCGCCAGUGCACCUGUCAGGAGAGUCAGCCGUCCAGUGUCCGGUGUGUCUUCUCGCUACUCCUACUUCAGACCCUCCUCCGGGAAACGGCCUAAAGGUCUGUAUCGGCGCCAGCCACACACGAUACGAGUUGUAGCCUUCAAAAAUGGAACGCGGGACAGUUUUGUCAGAGCUACAGCACCCAAUAUAAAGAUGCUGUUGGAGUUCCUCACGGUGAAGCUGGGGCUGCCGUUUGCUGCACGGAGGAUCUUCCUGGAGGAUGGCAUCGAGGUGUUCGAGGCCAGGGACAUCCUCCCAGAGAGUGAUGUCUACAUCUCCAUGGGGGAAAACUACAAGGAUCCACAUCUUCCCACGAAACGGAACCUGAUCCAGAGGGAGGGGGCUGUGUGGACACUGUCAGGCAUCAUGCUCCCAGAGGAAGGCAAAAAGAAGAAGACGAGGUCAUGCCUAUCCAGGAGGAUGAAGACUCUGAUUGAACAGAAGAGAGUGAGAAUCCUGGUGUACCGGAAUGGGCGGAGUAAGGAGCCCAUGGAGAUCGUGGCUGACCUGGCCAACACAGAGGAGUUCCUUGUUGCCUGCACGGCCAAGCUGGACCUCCGAUGUCACGCCCGCACUCUGUAUGACUGGGAGGGCAAUGAGAUCACCGAUCUGUCUGCAACCCCUAUUCUGGACGACUGUCUCCAGCAGGGAGGGACGCCUGUCAUGGGGCCGCUGUGGGUGUCCAUUGGGGAGGGUUUCAGCCCCACAGGCACCACCGACUUCAUCUCCAGCAUCAAGCAGAUCGUCAAGUCUCGGCUGAAGGAGGUGAAGAAGUACAGGACAGAGAUUAAUUACGCCAUGAGUGACGAGGACAAGGACAAGGUGACGGUCGCUGCCGUCUUGUCUCUCAAACCGGACCAACUCUAUGAAGCCUUGGACAGUGCUGAUGAUGAUGUUGACAAGCUGACGAGAACACUGUCGAGGCUAAAGGUGAAGCUGGAUGCACUGGAGGCUGAGCGAGAAAAGGAGGAGGCCAUGGGAGCGAUGUACAAAAUGGCGCACAUACAGGAACUGAAUGUUGACGACAGGCUGCUCGGCACCAAGGGACUCAAACUCAAGGUGUACGAGAACGGCAUGUCUGAAGGAGUGCAGAACUUCUUCUUCAACCUGAGAGGGGCGUUGAAGGGGAUCGGACACGACCGCCCUAAACUCAUGGCCCGGUUGCUGGAUGAGCUGUCGACAGGGUACUGGUCGUCGGGGGGAGUCAACCCCAAACUGAACGCCGUCGCUCAAAAGCUGUACGACAAGUACGGUCGCGAGAUCACCAAUGUAUUGGCUCUGGAGUCUGAGCAGGAGGUGUGGGUGUCGUAUGGCGAGGCCUUCAUCUGCCCCUUCACCUACUGCGUGGAGCUUUUCUUCGACAAGGCCACCAAGCUGGAGAUCGAAGGAGCCACUCAUGUGGUGCGUGAACCAUUGAUGCAGGAAGACGCCCAGGCCACUGACGAACAUGGCCAGUGGGAUGCGACCAUCGGCUUCCCUGUGAUGUACGAGUCUGCCAUGGCUAAUCUGAUGAUGCAGGACCCGGACAAGAUGAAGUGGAUGACGGAGUGUGCGGAGGUCGAUGAACGAGGCUUCUACCUGCUACAUAAGAAACGCAAGGACCUGGCGCUGUACCCAGAGCUUGUUGUCAAUGAGAAGUUCCGUCUGCGUCCCGAUGACAAGCGCCCGGGGGAGAGUGAAGUCCGUCGCAGGAAGGAACUGCAGACAUGGGUCAUCACACAGUCCGGCUACAUCAUAUGUAAGUUCAUGCCUCAGCUGUGUCUGGGUGUGUCCGACACGACAGUGAAGGGACGCUUCUUUGACCGAGACGCGGAGAUGGAGGGACAGGUCGUCACACUGCAGAAGAAGAUGGCACAGAACCCCAACCAGAUGUGGAAGUUUACGACGGAUGCCACCAUCGCAUCUGUGGCAUGUCCCGACAAAGUGCUGACCUAUCUCGGCAACAAGUUUGGAGAUGACGAGUCGUAUACGGAGAAUCCCCCAGAGGGCAGCAAGUCCGGAGUCCGCGUGUAUCUUAUCGUGUCGGAACCCAAGUCAAGGAAGGAGGGCUCCUGUCAGAGGUUUGGUCUGAAGCAGGAAAAGUUUGACAACCUGGGACAGUGGAAGUACACGCAGGCUAGAAACUCUGAGUGGCACAAGCUGGCUUACUCGUGGCCCAUCACUACAGAAGGAGAGCUCAAUGAGAGAUAUGACUGGCCGAUGGAGGGCUACUUGAUGCCACACGCCCCGCCGCUACACAAGUCCGACAAGAAGUCCGGCCUUACAGGAGUGGCUCCGCUGCGUCUGUGGGUGAUGAAGAAUGGGGAGAGAGAUAAAACCACAGCACUACAGAUUGUCGGGCCCAAUUUGACAACGAUGAUGAAGGAGGCCCCCAAGAAGGACAAGAAGGAUGGUGGACGCGGCAGAAAGAAGGACACGCCUGUGAAUCAUGCUGACUCUGUUGACAUCGACGUCACCAUUGGCGACCUCACCGUCAGGGAGCUGGAGUUUCUCAUGUUCCUGGACCACUGUACAUCGCUCCUGGAUCUGCCGUUUGCCGCGCGCCGAAUGUUUGACGAGACGGGUGUGGAACACUUCACCCUCCAGAGUCUGCAGCGAGAUCAGCUGGUGUUCGUCACGUGCGGGGAGCAGUGGAGUGACCCCAAACUCAACAAGACGGAGCAGCAGCGCCGAUUCCUUCUGUCUCAGCUCUCCACCGAUGUGGCCAAGAUUCGCCAGUUUGUUGCUCUGAGGGACCCUCAAGGUUUUGUGAUGGAGAUGGAGGGUGGUGUGACUCCCAAUGUGAAGGUCGUUGUCAACAAAUGUUGGACUCGGGAGGAAGAUGAGGCAGAGGAGCGUGCCAGGGAGGUUAACACAACAGCCAGACAGGAGGAAGAUCAGGGGGAGGAAGAUUUCACAACGGAACACCUCAACGCCCACCACCGCGCCCACUUAAAGUCUGAGAGACGCCUGGACACCCUGCGCUGGCCCUGGGAGAGACUGGUAAAUGUCGGCAACAGUUUUGAUGACAGCGACCCAGAGGCAGUCAAGUACUCCAACAAGGACCUGUAUGAGAAAUAUCGGCCUCGCCCAUCCCCCCGUGUGUCCAGGGACACACUCCAGCGGUUCGUGUACGAGGACGGCUUCAUUGCUUGUUCAGCCAAUCACAGCCUGGUGCUGGGGGUCCAGGAACAGGAAGGGCGGGUCAUCGAUGUGUACCUGCAGAAGCGGCGGCCGGACGAUAUCAACCAGCGCUGGGUCAUGAAGGAAAAUGGUGAGAUCUGCUCCAAGUACAACCAGCAGAUGGCGCUGACUAUCGCGAUGCCCAACGUCCACGGCGACAACCGUCCCUUGACCUUCACAGGGUGUGCAGUGACACUGCAGGCUCGCCGACUCAACCAGUAUGGCAAGGCUCACCAGCGGUGGCGCUACGAUGCAGAGACAGGCUUUAUAUACGCUUUCUACGCUGACCAGUACGAUAAAGAGAUAACAGCAGCCAACCGGGCGGACGUCUGCACAUCCUCUGUAUCCCAUGCUGCUGUCAUCGAUCAGCCGGGCUACAUUGCAGAAGUGAAUGACAGGAAGAACCGCGACAUUCGGGUCUGUCUGUCUUGUGCCCGGGCCAUGAGAGGGCGCUUCAAGCUGCAGCGACUCCCCAACAACAAGCCCUUCGCCUGUGCCAUGGGACAAGCUAGGAAGCUGAAGUUGCGGCAUGUGGGAAGUUUCUGUGUGCUGAAUGGCAAGGUGGACCUGUCGACGCCUGAGGCGGAGAUCACUCUGCGCAACUGGGAGGAGAGUCUGACAACACUCCGGGAGGAGACCAGCGUCAAGACGAUCGCCAGGCAGAUCUCCGCAGCCAAGUCUGUGCGGACUGUCAAGCUGCUCAUGUACAAGAAUGGAGAGGGCAGAAUGAGGGCUGGCGAGAAGGUGUACGGAUCUAGCAUACAAGGGAUCCUGAACCAGUGCACGCAUCAGCUGAGCCUGAACAAGCCAGCAACGCGACUGUACACGGAGGACGGAGUGCUGAUCCUGGACAUGGACGAUCUUGUGGACUGGGCCGUGGAGAACUACAAGGCUGUCAUGGCCGACCGCAUCGAGAAGAUCAUCAUGAUGGAGAACAGCGACAGUGAGCAAUCAGGUACCCCGAUACCCGAAGGUGGAGACAACAGGGUGGGCCUCCAGGACCAAGCCUCGCAGGAGGUGCACUCACAGCUUGCCCGUGCCAUGCAGAACAUGGAACAGUUUGAGGAGGAUGAGCGUGGUGGUGGCGACACGGAGGAGAGAGGGGCGGGGGAUGUUGGGGAGGAACAGGAUGCCAGGGAGGAGAAGACAGAGCUGGACUCCCAGGAGACGAGGAAGGUGGAGCGGAAGAGGGAGGAGCUGCUCAGCCGGGUGCCGCUGCCACCGCUCGAGACCAUCCUCAGAUACCCCAUCGAGCUGUGGGUCUCCAGCGGCAAGAACUUCGUUCCACCAGAAGUGGUUGAGUCGAAGGAUAUCAAUCGUAAGAAGAAGCGAGCCUUCCGUGGGCAGGUGUCCCUCGAUCUGGACAUAGAGAAACAUGUGCUGCGUCAGAUGAAAGCUCGUCGUAUGGAUGAGCUGAGCCCCGGGGAGUACAAGUCCACUCUCAGCACAUCCCAGCCCGUGGUCAUCCAAGGACAAUGGCAGCAGCUGACCCCCCAGGAGCAGGACAAACAUGACACUGUCCACAAGCUGGAGACCCACCUGGGAGAGAUCAAGGCCAACCAGAGACUGGGACUGGCCAGCAUCAACCUGAAGGGGAAGCUGUACCACCAGCCAAACAUGAAACGAGUGCAGGUGUACCCUAACGGUGAGAGCCUGGAGAGGGCGUUGUACGUUUGGGGGGAGACGCUGGAUCAGCUUCUAGAGACUUCCACCCACAAGCUGACGCUCUGGAAGAAGGCCCAGAUGUUCUUCACAUCCGAUGGAAAGCUGAUUGAGACAUUCGAGGACAUCGAGCGGGACCAGUUGCUCUGUGUCUCCACGGGGAAGGCCUUCAAGAAGCCGCGAGUGCAGAUGUUGGAUGUGGAGGUCAAGGCCAGCUGGGGUCGAGCACGACGAGAGUAUGGGCCGUCGGCCACGGAUGUUAGAGUUGACGCUAAGGGGAAUCCUACAGUGGAUGUGGAUCCGUUUGGUCCUCCAGAGCUGGCCUUACCUUUAGAAGCUCCAAAGUAGGGCGGGACAGUCCGUGGAGCCAGGGAUGGAGCAAGACUCACAAGCCUUCUUGCAGCAGCAGCAGCAGCAGCAACAACAGCAGCAGCAACAGCAGCAGCAGCAGCAACAGCAGCAACAGCACAGUACAUUGAUUCCAGAGAUUGGCUGGAGGUGCUACAGUCUAUGCCAGAUUGAUGUGUAUAUAAUGCAGAAUUUGAUGUAGGGCUUAGCUUUAAUAAGACAUAGCAUCAAUAGGUUUGACUAUGGCAAUGUUAUAGAGUUCUGUGUGGGUUUAUUUUCAUCUGCAGUUGUUAAAAUAUGCAACUUUCAAAACUUUGAGCCCAAUUUUGAUCAGUAUGUAGUUAUUCAAUACAAGCCCGGUAUCAGUGUGGUAGAUAGUUGCAGAAUAUUAAUCAGAAUACCAGGGCGUUGUGGGGACAUCUGUCUGUGAUUGUGACAUAGAAUGAUCUCAGCUGGAGUGAGCACUCCCUGCCAAAAGAAACUCUGACCAGGUGUAUAUAUUCAGGAGAAUCAACUUGGGGAUGGAAUGAAGGUGACACCAUGAACUUGGUAUCUUGGGGUCAGGGAUCCCUUGUUCCUAAUUGCACAAAAGUUAUUUUCUUGAUAUGGCCUGUGUACCACCACCCAGAGACCUGCUUGUAAAGCUUAAUUUCCCCUACUUGGGAGUUUCUUGCCCAUGACCUUGACCUUUGUUUUAUCUGUCUCACACUAGUGGAGUGGCUGGUGGGCAGUUGUCAGGAUAUACCCAGCGCUUUCUAGUCAAUGUACCCAGAUCUGUAUGUGUGGCCAUUAAAUAUCACUUGCCUCAUUCUGGUGUAACUGAUGAUAUACAGCUGUGAGUUGCUGAAGCUUUCUGAAGGACAGUUACAAAUAACAUGUAUGACUGGUACUUCUUGGUCUGUAGACGAUGUAUUUGUCUUCAUUGGUGGUUGUGCUUCACUUGGUAGGCACACAGUGUGUCUACGAACACAAGGUCCAUGUGAACAUCUCACGGUCUAUGUUAGCACCAGAAGGUCCAUGUGAACAUCACAUGCAAGGUCCAUGUGAACAUCAUACGGUCUAUGUCAACACCACAAGGUCCAUGUGAACAUCACACGGUCUAUGUUAACACCACAAGGUCCAUGUGAACAUCAUACGGUCUAUGUCAACACCACAAGGUCCAUGUGAACAUCACACGGUCUAUGUUAACAUCACACGGUGUAUGGUAACACAAGGUCCAUGUGAACAUCACACGGUCUAUGUUAACACCACAAGUUCCAUGUGAACAUCACACGGUCUAUGUUAACACCACAAGUUCCAUGUGAACAUCACACGGUCUAUGUUAACACCACAAGGUCCAUGUGAACAUCACACGGUCUAUGUUAACAUCACAAGGUCCAUGUGAACAUCACACAGUCUAUGGUAACACAAGGUCCAUGUGAACAUCACACGGUCUAUGUCAACACCACAAGGUCCAUGUGAACAUCACACGGUCUAUGUUAACACCACAAGGUCCAUGUGAACAUUACACGGUCUAUGUUAACAUCACAAGGUCCAUGUGAACAUCACACGGUCUAUGGUAACACAAGGUCCAUGUGAACAUCACACGGUCUAUGCUAACACCACAAGUUCCAUGUGAACACCAUUUUAAAGUACCAACCGGAAACAUUGUGACCGAUAUAUGAUAUUUUAUCAUUUUAUUUAAUUUAUGUCGUCAAAUUUGUUUGUUUUACUUACGAGAAGAUCUGUGUGACAGAAAUUGUUUUAAUCCUCUGUCCAAUUCCGUCCAAGUUAUUGGUUGUGUUUGUCUGUGAUAUGAUCCUGUUUACUGUACGUUUAUCUGCUAUAUAAGUUUAUGAAAUAACAUUGAUAGUAUACAUAAUCAUCUUACCUCUGUAGCAGACUAACAUACUUUCUAAUUAAUUAGGAAUCAUUUUACAAGUGUUUACCGUAUACAUGACAAGAGUCUUUACCGUCAGAUAGAAUAGGAUUUUGUUACUGUUUUUGCUUAGUGUGUACCAUAUUUUUAUAGAGAAAUAUUGAUGAUGUUACUUGCAAACAUUAUUGUACAAAAAUCGUUUUCUAAGGAGCUUGUUUCAACAAAUAAACUUGCGGAAUAAAAUCUAAAUAGCA